CUGACCCAGUAACUUGGUCCUUAUUAUUUUAUCUUCUUCUUUGUCGCCUUCUGUGAGGUUGACCUCACUCUCCCUUUGUUUAUAUUGUCCCAAAUUACUGUUUCUCCUUUUCAUCUUUCCUUCCACUCCUUGUUUCUGAACUAUCACCAUCAUGUUCUCCCUACGUCGCAAGCCCAAGCACGUUCACGAACAACCAAAAGUCCGACCUUCACCCUCCCUCCCAGAAGUCCACAAGCAAGGAAUCCCAUGGCCGGAAAAUCUCGUAGACGUUAACAGUAUCCGCAACGACCAAGACCAGCUGAACGGCAGACGUGUCGAAGGUGCGACUAAAACUUCUUUGCAGGGGCCACCCAACCAUCCCAUACCAUUCCAUAAACCAUUUCGGCCCUCUUCAGGUUCGACUGUUACCUCAGCCAACGGAGGGGGCCUCAUAUCGUCCUUGUAUAUGUCAAAUUCGCCGUCCGCCUUCGACAAUUGGAAGAACUCUCCAGCUCCUAUACCGAGGUACAGCCAAAGAAGAGCAAAGUUACCGCCUACGUUCAAUGUCAUGGUCGUUGGUGGCAUAGGCACAGGAAAGACCUCACUUCUUCGGUUAAUCCUCGAAACCGCAGAGUUGUCACCCUCAGCCACCGUCGACCAGAAGCUUGCUGUCGAACGCUUUCUUCGCGGUGCCACCAAGACAACGCACUCUAUCGAGACCGCCAGUAUCGAAAUUUGCGAAUCUCGCUUCGAUCGGUUAUUACUGUCCGUGGUGGAUACGCCAGGACUUGAUUAUGCAGAAGGAAGAGAAUUGAAGUUGGAUAGACAAGUUAGUUCCGUGAUGCAAUAUUUGGAUGCACAAUACGCCGAUACAAUGAGCGAGGAGUCAAAGGUGGUCAGAAAGAGUAAAGGUGACCAACACGUUCAUCUAUGCAUCUAUAUGAUUGAACCCAGCUCCAUCAUGACCAUGGCUGAUCGACGCGCCCGGUCCUCGCUUCCUGUGAAAACGCGUUCUGAAACCUCCAUUUCUCAGAGCAAACAGCCAGAACUCAUUCCAGACACAUCCUCCGAUUCAGACAGCGAAGAAGGAGAAGAGAAAAGGUCCCCUUUGACCAUGUCACCAGCCGAGUUGCGUGUCAUUCGCAGGCUGUCAACGCGUUGCAACGUUUUGCCCGUGGUGGCAAAAGCAGACUCAUUGACUGAUGAGAAGCUGGUUGCUGUGAAGGAGGCAGUGAGGAGAUCUCUUGCCGGUGCUGGAUUGGACUUCGGAGUGUUCGGCCCAUCCUCAAAGACCGAAAAGAAUUUGUCCAAGAUUCGUAGCGGAAACGGAAGAAAGACGCAUUUUGCUGUUGGUUCUGGUAAUAGCGAUCAGAAUGAGAAAAAUGACAGCGACGACGAUAAUCGGAGUGGCGUUGAAGACGAAAGGCAAUCGCGACCGGUUAUUAAACUUCGUCCCCCUCGUCACCCCACUCGGAAUCUGUCACGAUCACGUUCGCGAAGGGAUUUAUCCCAGGCGGCUGCAGACGAGAGACUGCCAAGUUCCCUCGACCUUGAUGACAGAGACAGCGUCGCUAAUGUUCGUUUCUCGGCUCACAUCGUCGCGAGGCCGGAUAUCUCAGCGGUUUUGCCAUUCGCCUUGAUUGCUCCUGUUAGCGGGAGGCCCAGAAGGACCUUGCUCGAAACGGAACCGACAUCACCUAUGCAGCAAUCCGAAGAUGGAAAUGUGUCUGAAACUAUCCCUCCAACGCCGGGCUCUGUGAAUCACGCAUAUCUAAACGGACCACCAGAGGAUUUGAGAGGAGUUUUUGUGAGGAACUAUCGAUGGGGAACUAUUGACGUUCUCGACCCUAAUCAUUGUGAUUUUGCUGCCAUGCGUACCGCAGUUUUGUCUACCCAUCUGAAGGUUUUGAAGACACACACGAACGAGGUUCUGUACGAGAAGUAUCGUACGGAGAAGCUUCUUGCCCGACGGGCCACCAGCCACAUUACGGACGACGAAAGGAAACGUCUUCUUGAAGAUCUCGGAUUAUAAUCUUCAGCCCAUGCCCAUUCGGCAAACCGAUAUACCCGCCCUUACAGGUUUCUUGCUUCAUCUCAGAAUUGAAUAUAUCUUUUCAGACACUUUGUAUCUCUGAUUGAAACACAUCCUAUCUCGUUUUUGUAUUCUCAUAUACAUAUUUAACCAGCACUUUUUAUUUUCUUUUUGGUUAACGCGACGAUUU